AAAGGAAAAAAAAAAGCGCACACAAGGACCUCCCCUGUGCCAAGCGGCCGCGCAUCGCAGCCGAGACGAGCCGCCCCCCGCACCGCACUCUCCGCCGCCGGCGCCGCGCCGACCUCCUCCGCCGCGCCGCCUCCCCGGCGCGCGCCCCCGUCACCCUCUCUCGCCUCGCCGCCGCCGCCGCUGCCUCCUCGUGAGGGGGGACGGUGGUGGGGGCCUCUGCCCUAUGGCGAGCGGCGACGGCGGCGACGACGCGGGCGUGAAGCGCGUGGCGGACCGCUACCUGAAGCGCGAGGUCCUGGGAGAGGGAACCUACGGCGUCGUCUUCAAGGCCGUCGACACCAAGACUGGGAAUACAGUCGCAAUAAAGAAAAUCCGGCUAGGGAAGUACAAGGAAGGUGUCAAUUUCACUGCAUUGAGGGAAAUUAAACUUCUUAAGGAGCUGAAAGAUUCUAAUAUUAUAGAGCUGAUUGAUGCUUUCCCUUACAAGGGAAACUUACAUCUUGUAUUUGAGUUCAUGGAGACUGAUUUGGAAGCUGUCAUACGAGAUAGGAACAUUGUAUUAUCUCCAGCUGAUACAAAAUCUUAUAUUCAGAUGAUGUUAAAAGGUUUAGCCUUCUGCCAUAAGAAAUGGGUGCUACACAGGGAUAUGAAACCAAAUAAUUUACUCAUUGGCGCUGAUGGGCAGCUUAAGCUUGCUGACUUUGGUCUGGCGCGCAUAUUUGGGAGUCCAGAGCGGAACUUCACUCAUCAGGUCUUUGCACGAUGGUACCGAGCACCAGAAUUAUUAUUUGGCACCAAGCAGUAUGGAUCUGCAGUUGAUAUUUGGGCUGCUGGUUGUAUUUUUGCUGAACUGCUGCUUAGGCGACCGUUUCUCCAGGGUUCUAGUGACAUUGAUCAACUUGGGAAGAUCUUUGCUGCAUUUGGAACUCCAAAGUCUUCUCAAUGGCCGGACAUGGUUUAUCUUCCAGAUUAUGUUGAAUACCAAUUUGUCUCUGCACCUCCACUUCGCUCAUUGUUUCCAAUGGCCAGUGAUGAUGCAUUGGAUCUUCUAUCAAGAAUGUUUACAUAUGAUCCAAAAGCAAGAAUUACAGCUCAGCAGGCUCUAGAACACCGGUACUUUUUAUCAGUACCAGCGCCAACAAAACCAUCACAGCUUCCAAGGCCACCACCUAAGGGUGAUUCAGGGAAUAACAAGAUACCAGACUUGAACCUGCAGGACGGCCCUGUUGUUCUGUCCCCGCCAAGAAAGUUGCGCAGGGUGACUGCCCAUGAAGGGAUGGAAGUCCAUAUGCAUCGGGCGGAUAGAACAGAAGAGCAUCCUUCAGGGGCAAGGCACAUGGAUGACAUGUCCAGCCAGAGUUCUAGAAUACCAAUGUCAGUUGAUGUUGGAGCUAUUUUUGGGACACGACCUGCUCCUAGACCAACGUUAAACAGUGCCGACAAGUCUCGUUUAAAACGGAAACUUGAUAUGGAUCCAGAAUUUGGAUACACAGAGUAAAUCACCAUUUUUUCCAUACUGGCUUGUUGAUUUUUAAAAUAUUCUUUGGGGAGAUAGUUCCACUAUCUACCAACAAAAGAGGAUUGUGUCGAAAGCCAUAAAAACUUCACUGAAGGGCGCUGACAGGAUGGCACAGCCAACUAUGCUGUUAUCGUUUUUGACUACCAAAGCCGGCUCAGGAAGAGGAAACUGAAGAGUUACGUGUUACGAUGCUAAUUUACACCAGGACGUGCACAUGCCAUUUCAUUUUGGCUGGCAUACAUAAAUCUGUAAUCUUUAUUGCAUAGAUGAGUUUGCUUGUGUGAGCAUGUUUCUUCCAGUGUUCGCAAAGAUUAUUAUGAAGUUUAUGUCUCAAGUUCUUUCUGGUGUCAAUUUUCGUUCACUUCUUGUAUGGACAUUGAAUUUUGAUUGUUGUUUAGUCGGUCAUCUUAUUCUUAGGUACAGUAAUUCUUGUAACCAGGAGCGGCUUAUAUUACCUGAGUAUUCUGACACGUCUUCCUGCAAUACGCUGUAACAAUGCAUGAGUGAAAAAAAAAAGAGAAAAAUAAGAGCAACUUCUUUUGUUCUUACGAUGAAUUAUUAUGUGAUUA